UCAGCCAUCUGUCCUAGUUUCGUCUUAUCCUCCAAUGAUGAUCUCUUCUUGCAUAAUCUAGAUAUAAAUGAGAAUAAAUGCCAUUUUUGAAUGUUUGGGAUGAAGCUGAUAGGGGUCACAUUGUCUCUUUGUCUGAGACUAUUGUGUCUUUAACGUCUAGCACUCUCCGUCUUCCGCUUGUUGAUGGUGCAAAGGUGAAUCUCCUAAGUUUAGAAGAUGUUAUCCGUUCGGCGGCUGAUGUGAUGCAGGCCAUGACAUCCUUAAUACGCUAUUUAGUAACAAAGGCGGAGCGUGUGAACACAUUGGCGUCUGAACUUGCGAACACAACAAGAAACGAGUGUGUUAUGAUUGAUGGGUGCAAGGAUCUGUUGUCAAUACUAACACACAUGGAGAUGCAGGACUGCAGCAUGAGGACACACAUAUUACAGCUGCAAUGUGACCAGCAACCAUAAUAACUGUAAAGCUGAUUUCCCUCUCUUUGACUGCUUACUGGAAAAUUGCUAACAUCCUAAUGAAAAUUCCUUUGCCAUGAAAACGGCUGUACUUGUUAACGAGUUUUGCAGAAAGAAAUUCGUGUAUAUGCAUAGAGUAGGAGAUAGUAAGGUGGUUUUGUUUCACCUUCUAGUUACAUAUACGAGCGGUUUCUAUGAAGGAUAGAGGAUAUAUGUAUAUUUGGACUUUGGAAAACGAUACUUAUUUUGAUAUGUGUAUGUGUAUGUGCACGCGGUCUAAUUUGUCUUUUAUACAAAAUGAAGACUUAUAUA